AACAUGGAUAGACACAAAGAAGACCGCUACAGCGAUUACUCCGACUCUCGUCGGAGCACGCACUCUGCCACGUCAUGUCGGUCCGUGGAUUACCCUGUCCCUCGCCAUGACCGGAACUACGAAAAUAAUUACGGCGGUAGUUCCUCCGGCGAUGGCCACAGCCACCUCCGCCACCACCACAACAACAACAACAAUUCCAACGGCGAACAGAAUGACUCAAUUGGUUCUGGCGGAGACGGCGACUUUGCUUCUCGUCAAUUUUCUCUUGCCGGACGGAAGAGGCAUUUCUCCCCAGAUUAUGUUGAUGGUGGCAGUUACGUGAAACUCUAUGUUGGAGCCAUUCCAAGAACAGCAAGGGAAGAAAAUAUUCGCACCUUAUUUGGAGACUAUGGAAAUGUUAUUGAAGUUGUUCUACUCAAGGAUAAGAGAACUGGCCAACAACAAGAAAGUUGUUUUGUAAAAUAUGCAACUGUAGAGGAAGCUGACCGGGCUAUUGGAGAAUUGCACAAUCAAUUUAUUUGUCCUGGGGGAGAGGUCCCUAUCAAAGUUAGAUAUGCUGAAGGAGAACGGGAACGCCUUGGGGCUGUUGGGACACAUGUUUGCAAAUUGUACGUUGGCUGCCUGAAUAAGCAAGCUUCAAAAAGGGAAAUUGAAGAAAUAUUUUCUGCUUAUGGUCUUGUUGAAGAUGUUCACAUUUUGCGUGAUGAACUGAAGCAGAAUCGUGGCUGCGGGUUUGUUCAAUUUUCUAGUAGGGAUAUGGCAGUUGCUGCAAUCAAUGCGCUAAAUGGAACCUACAUCAUGAGAGGUUGUGAUCAGCCAUUAAUUGUUCGUUUUGCGGAUCCGAAGAAGCCAAGGACUGGAGAAUUAAGGGGUAAUUCUAGAGUUGGUUGUCCAGGUUUUGGUCCCAGUAAUCAGGAAUCAAUUAGGCCAGCAUCUUAUCCUAGUGACCCAAUAGCUGGGCGUGAGCUGCCUAAUGUUUCAGAUCCACCGACUACAUCAUCUUCUCAAGAUUGCCAAAUACGAGCAACUGCUGGCCGUGCUAUUGAUUCUCUUCUGGGAAUUGGUUUUCCCUCAUCUGCGCAACAGCAGAAUAAACAACAAAAAGUUGGUGAACUGGAUAAUAACACACCCACUCCUAUGAAAAGGGAGAGAUCAGUAGAAUCACAAGUUAAAAGCUCAGAAUCAUCAGCAGGAGGUAAUAAGGGCAAUACAGGGUUAGUUAUGGCUGAAGAAUUUGUUGAAAAAGAGUGCAUAACAAAAGAGACUGACCUUCCUGUCAUCAUAGGAUUAGAGUGUAAUGGGUUGAGGGGCUCACAAACCAGAAAAUCUCAUGACUUUCCCAGUGAGGAAUCUUUGAAGCUCUUUAGAGAUCAAAAUCAGCAAUUAAAUGAUUCAACAAGACACAAGAUCAAGGAAAUUAAUCAGUUAGAAGGUAGAGAGAGCAAUCUGAAAAAACGGAGGGGAAGGCCACCUAAAUUACCAGCCAAAAGCCCCGAACCUUCGGUUGCAGGUAAGGAGCACAAUGGAGAUGUGGUUGCGGCAGACGAGAUAGUCGUGAAAGAUUGCAUAACGAGUGAAGUUGAAUUGCCCGCAACCACAGGUGUGGGCUCACUUCUCAGUAAUGAAUAUCUGGAGAUUGUUGGGGAUGAUAAGAAGCUUCCAAAUGGUCCCAUGAAGCAAAAAAACAGUAAAAUGAAAACUCCCCCUUCGAGACAUGAUAAACUAUCAAAUGUAAAAGUUGUGGAAGAGUCAAGUAGGCAACAUGAGAAGUACUUGUCAAUGAGGAGUAGGACAGCUGGCUUAAAUAUUGAAUCUCCAUUUCAAGAUCCUCAAGAUGAUUCCAGAGGGGAAAAAACUGCUGAAGAUUUUGGAACAGAUUUUGUAACGGAGGGAGCUGAAUUGGCCAUUGAUAAAUUACCCAGCAGCAUGUCUGAUGAUCAACCUCUAUCUAUGUGGUUUGAAGGAAUGCACUCUCCAACAGCUAAUGGUUCAAAUUCUCAAGAUGAUUCCAGAGGGGAAAAAACGGCUGAAGCUUUUGGAACAGAUUUUAUAACGGGGGGAGCUGAAUUGGCCAUUGAUAAAUUACCCAGCAGCUUGUCUGAUGAUCAACCUCUAUCUAUGUGGUUUGAAGGAAUGUACUCUCCAGCAGUUAAUGGUUCAAAAGUUUCCACUGCUAUGACUGUUCAGCAUAUCGCAAUCCAGCCUCCUGCAGUUGAUGCCAAUGGUGACAUUGUGCCAGUUGAGAAUCAAAGCUUGGCUUUUGUGAAGAUCUCUCCACUUUGGGAAACAAUUGAAACUAUGGAAGUGUUCCGAGUGAUGCCACAAAAGCCACAUUUCCGUCCCCUGGAUAAUUGUAAAGAGAGUUCUCGUGAAGGAUUAGCUAUAGGUAGUAUGGUAACGUUUUUCAAUGUGGCAAAGAAGACAUUCGAAUUGCAUUCUGAUGAUCCUAGAAGUGUCAUUGAGGACGGUCUGGAAACUCUUCUCGACUUGGAUAGUCAUGGAUUUGAUGUGAAGUUGCUAAGAGAUCGUUUAACUGGGUUGCUAUUGUUGAAAGAUAAGCAGGAACAACUUCAAGACCAGACAACGGAACUCAAAACUCGGAUCAUGGAGCAUACUCAUCAGAAAAGCAAAAUUGAUGAAGAGAUAGAUGAAAUCGAUGAGCUGAUUAGGGUGUUACAAGAAAAACGUGCGUUGGUUGUGCCAUUGAAGGAGACUAAGGAUUCCGAGAUUGCUUCUUUGCAAUCAAGGGAGAGAGACAUUAUUGAAGACAUUAAGAGCAUGAAGCUGGAUUUUGAAGGACUAGCUGCCGCGCCUUGGUGAGUGGCUUAUUUUCAUGUACUCCGCUUUGGAUUAUGAUGUUAGGUGACCGUUGGAUAUGAGUAGCUAGCUGCUGGAGCAGUAGUUAACUUGUAUGCUGAUGGAUCUGUCUGUACUUCUAUGUAAUGAUGGUUAUGAAACUCCCAACUAUAAUCAUGACGGACACAGAAAAUUUUGUGAGGGGAUUGGCUUUUUAAUUUGUGGGGGUAAAGUGACAAACUUAUAAAAUGGGUCUAUUUUUGUAA